GCCCGGCGCGGGUCCAUGGAGGCUCCAGGUCCAGGCGGAUGAGGAGCCGGCGCUGCGCCCCUUGCCGGGCCAUGGCGGGACAGGUGAGGCUGCCGCCCGGAGAGCCCUGCCGAGAAGGCUAUGUGCUGUCUCUGGUCUGUCCAAACUCCUCCCAAGCUUGGUGUGAGAUCACUAAUGUGUCACAGCUGCUAGCUUCUGUCCUCUACACAAACCUGAAUUCCAGCAUACCCAACUUGAGCAUUUCAACAAAUGUAGAAAACAAAUACAGUCUUUAUGUGGGCUUGCUACUGGCCAUAAGUUCCAGUGUUUGUAUUGGCUCCAGCUUCAUACUGAAGAAGAAGGGCCUCUUGCAGUUGGCCAACAAGGGCGCUACUAGAGCAGGAGAAGGUGGGCAUUCCUACCUCAAGGAAUGGCUAUGGUGGGCAGGAUUACUAUCAAUGGGAGCAGGAGAGGCUGCAAAUUUUGCAGCAUAUGCAUUUGCACCUGCCACCUUGGUUACCCCUCUUGGUGCCUUGAGUGUUCUCAUAAGUGCAAUAUUGUCUUCCUAUUUUUUAAAUGAGCACUUGAACAUUCAUGGGAAAAUAGGCUGCAUAUUAAGCAUAUUGGGCUCAACUGUGAUGGUUAUCCAUGCCCCUCAAGAAGAGGAAGUCACUUCUUUGCAUGAAAUGGAAAUGAAAUUAAGAGACCCAGGAUUUAUCUCCUUUGCUGUGAUCAUAACUGUGAUCUCCUUGGUGCUGAUUUUAAUUGUAGCUCCCAAGAAAGGGCAGACCAAUAUACUGGUGUACAUUUCAAUCUGUUCUUUGAUUGGAGCAUUUUCAGUUUCUUCUGUCAAGGGCCUGGGAAUUGCCAUUAAGGAACUACUAGAUCGGAAGCCAACUUACAAGAAUCCACUGGUCUUUAUUUUGCUGGCUAUCCUUGUGCUUUCAGUAACGACACAGAUUAACUAUCUCAACAAAGCACUGGACACAUUUAAUACAUCUCUUGUGACUCCCAUUUAUUAUGUAUUCUUCACAUCCAUGGUCGUGACUUGCUCUGCCAUCUUAUUCCAAGAGUGGUAUGGCAUGAAAGCUGGAGAUAUCAUCGGAACCUUGAGUGGGUUCUUUACCAUUAUCAAUGGCAUCUUCCUUCUACAUGCUUUUAAAAAUUCUGACAUUACCUGGAGUGACCUGACAUCCACUGCUAAGGAAAAAGUCCUUUCUCCAAAUGCCAAUGAGAACAAUUACAUGUUACUAGAGAAUGUAGAUUUUUCAACAGCAGGAUAUGAAGAUGACAUAACCUUGUUUAGCAGGACUGAUGAUCAAAGACUCUAUAAAUCCUAAACUUUGACCAACAUAAGACACUUUGAGAGGAGAAACAAGACUUAUUCUUGGAAGUACUGUUAGGAAAACAGGUGUUUUUAAAAUUCUGAUACUUUAAAUGUGAAGCCAAAUUAAAAAAAAAAAAAGUUCUUUACUUGGGCCAUUCAAUUUGAACAUCAAGUUUUGAUAUUCUUCCAGAAGACUUCUGCAUCUUUCCGUUUCUGCACAUUUUAAAAUAUUGCCUAAGCAUAAUUAAGAAGUCAAGGAGUUAUAUUUGUCUCAGCAUAAUCUCUUCUGACCACAAAAAGAUUUGACUUUGCAAGGUGGUGCCUCAUUUCCACGGUGGCUAUUCCUAGAUUUGUGGUAAUUCUCAGAUUAAGUUAUCUGUGUUCUGAUAAGCAGAGUCACCAUUCUCCGAUGAGUCAUAAUCCAUAUUAUUAAAGCUGAGAAGUGAGAACGCUGUCGCUUUAUCCUCCCUUCAGCAACUUUCUUCUUUUUGAACUGGAAAACUAAAAGGUGGAGUAUUAAAGAAAAGAACAGGUCUGCUUUCAGAAUCUGUACCUCAUUGGGCUAGAAUGAACAAGCACACCCACCCAUGAAGACAUAAAUUGUGGUUUAUUCACAUAGUAUAAGACUUUAUUGCCAAUUAAAGAGGGAGGAUGGAGAAAGGAGGAAAGUACUUUACAGCUUAAAUAAAGGAAACAAAUUUUCCCAAAAACACACAUACAAAGAACAGGUUCUUUAAACACAAAUGUGGAUGGUAUCAGACAAAAUGAACUUUCUGGGAAAGUCCAAGUGAAUUCAGCUUUAAAAUUGUUCAUAUUUUUUUUGUCUCACUCUUUUAUUAUCCCAUAGGUUACUUUUCUUGUUGACAAAUACUUUUGUGAAAUAACUGCUACCUUUUUUUCAAGAUUAUAUGGACCACUUUAAUUUUUCUCAAAUAUUUUAUCCCUGAGGGUAGGUUUUCUGAGGCUCUUCAGAAACAACUGGAAAAAAAAAAUCUUUGUUAAAAGAAAACGUGAACAAAUUAUCCUGGUUUUCUUGAAAUUUGGUGCUGUAACCCUUAAUGAGGAAAUUAUAAUUGGUUACUAACUUUCCAAAAUAAGCAUAUCCUAUUGCUAUAAGUGGCCAGAUUGGUUUUUUUCUGUUAAAUUCAUCCUGGUCACAUUUUUCCAUAUAGUUACUGAUGAUGUGUUCAAGGAGAGUGGGAAGGAGAAUGAACUUCCAGGAAAACAAAAUAUUAAGACCUCACAGCCUACUACAAGAGAUCUUUUUCACAUUAAGACAUUCAAUAAUUUUUCUGUUUAAUUCCAGAUUCAUGGCAGGAAUAACAUUUUUGGUGAACUUUAUUGUUUAUGGGCAGAUUUCCUGUCACCUGUGGGUAUUAUAGAAAAGAAAUUUGCUAUCAUGUGUCUAGGCUAAACUUCUGUCAAAACAAAUCUUCUACCAAAAAGAAACUUAAGUUGACUGGAUUGUUUCUUACUCUUAACUUCAACUUUUUUUUUUUUUUUUUUUUUUGCUUUUGAAUGAAGUCAAGCUUACCCAGGCUAAUAAUAGUAAACUCUGCCAUUCAGAAUUCUAUUAAACUGUCCUCCGUAUUUCCACUCCUGUACUGAACAGUGACUGAUAUCCACAGUGAUGACCUGAAAUGACAGCAAAGUCUUAAACUGCUGUUAGAAUGUUCAGCACAGUUCAGUGUUGAGCAUAAUUCAAGGAAUUCUAAGUUUUUGAAAACUGAUUAUCCAUGGAAGAUCCAUGGUUUGAUAUCGCAGGUUAAAUACAUGUCUACUCUGUUGACUGGUGACUCUUUUCACUGGUGUAUCAGAUGUAUAAGCCAUGAACACAAAUUUGUGGAAGCAUCUUCUGAAAAAUGUAGUAUUUGAAAACUCUAGAACUGUUUAAAUGUUCUUUUGAGUAUUGAGAAAUCCAUUGGUUUCCCCGGGACACCUUUUCGGUGAGGAAAUUAAUGGCAUUUCUGACAUCUAACCUAAGGGUGUGGUGGUGCUGUUCCACUCUGUGGAACUCAACUUUCACACAUUUAUUCAAUAUCACCUGUCAUUUGAUACCUUAAAUGUCAAGUUUUGCCCUUGGUACAUUGUGCCCAGGUCAAGGUUUUUUGGAACACAAAGAGAAGUGUUUAUAUUAGAUUGGGAAAUGAACUGGUGCUGACAUGUGUGCCCAGGAGAAGGACUGAAAAAGAUUUGAGUUGUAGUAUGUGGGAAAACAAUGAAAUAUUUGAAAAACUCUCUAUAUAAAAAUUAGUGGUGGACAUAUGCAUUAAAAACCUUAAAAUGUUUGCAAAUCUAACAUUAAUUUUCUCAAAUAGGAACAUGCUGUUGAAGGGAGAAUAAAAUGCUGGAUCCUUUAUUCACACCAAUAUGUUAGGCUUAACUAGUUAGUGUGUGUGUGUGUGUGUGUGUGUAUGUAUUUUAAUAUAUAUGCAUAUAUUUAUCAUCACAAAAAUCUAUUUGUAAGAUUUAUUAUGUGAAUAUUGGUACACAUGUAAUUAAGGAUUAUAAAAUUGUGCCAGCACAGAAAAAAUAUGAAAACUUUUCUUAAAGCUGUAAAACUAAUUAUUUUAUUUUUUGUCUUAUAAUUUUACUCUUUAGUCAAUAGUUAAUGAUUUUUAGUUCAGAAUACAGAAGUUCCUAAAACCCUUUGGAUUUAGCAACAUGAUAUUAAAUUAACAUCCAUUUUUCAAAACUAUUACAUGGAAAACAUCUUGCAUCAUGCCCAAUAUUUUAUGGGCAAUUGAUAAAUUUAGUUCUUCUUAAGCCAACAUGUUAAUUUUUACUAUCUUGUUACUAGAGAUGUAAGAACUGCUGAGUGCCAGGUCUUGUAAGCUCUUGAUCUUUUCUCAGUUUGUUAAAUCAUCCAAGUGAAAGUGAAUUCCAUCAUGGUACUACCAGUACUGAUAUAAUAGUGCAACAAAAAAAUAGUUUUUCUUAAAACCAGUAAAACUGAACUACAUGCUAAUUUUACCUUUCAACAAAAGUAUGUUAAAAAGUAAUUUAUGUUAAUAUAUGUGAAAUGUUCUCAUAUAUCUUAAAUUAUGCUCAGGAAAUUUUAUAUUUUUCAAAUGUUUAUAAAUAUUGUUCAUUUUAGAGUACAGAUUUUAAAUGUUUUUGUGUAUUUUACAUUUGCAAUAAAAAUAUGUGGCUUAA